AUGACUUCACCAACCAUCCAAAAUGAUUUGGUUAAUUGUUGUGCCGUAGAGACGACAAGGGCUAUUAUCAAUGAGAUAUGUGAUUCUUUGUUUUCAAUUUUGGUUGAUGAGACUCGUGAUAAUUCUAUGAAAAAACAAAUGGCAGUUGUUUUGAAGUUUGUUGACCAAAGUGGGCAAGUGAAGGAGCCUUUUUUUGGUAUGUCCCAUGUCAUUAAUACUUGUGCCCAAUCACUGAAGGAUGUCAUUGAUGCAAUGUUUUCUACACAUGAGUUGAGCUUAUCUAGCCUGAGAGGUCAAGGCUAUGAUGGAGCAAAUAAUAUGUUAGAUGAGUUCAAUGGGUUGAAAGCUUUAAUUCUAAGAGAGAACCUACAUGCUAUGUAUGUUCAUUGCUUUGCUCACCAGCUUCAAUUGACAAUCGUAUCCGUGGCAUGUAGGAAUUGUAUGCUUAGUGAUUUUUUCGACAUGCUUACUAUUAUUGUGAAUUUGGUUAAUGCAUCAUAUGUUCUUGAAAAUAUAUCAGAAAAUGGCGUACAUUCAGAUAAAAAAUCUUCGACCAACCUGAGAGAAAAUGGUUAUGAUACUUUGUUGAGUAGGGUGAUUGAGUUUUGUGUUAGUAGACAUAUUUUAGUGUCCAAUAUGGAGGAUAUUGUAAUAGUGAAAGGUCAACCUAGGCGUGUAGCUCAGCAGGUGACUUAUUUUCAUUGCUUUUAUGUUGAUUUGUAUUGUAAUGCGAUAGACUCAAUCUUGCAAGAGUUGAAUGAUCGUUUUCCAAAAAUAACUACUGAGAUCUUUACUUGCAUUUCAUGUUUAAGUCCAAGAGAUUCAUUUGCAGCUUUUGAUGAGGAUAAAUUGCUACAUCUUGCUCAGUUCUAUCAUUUGGACUUCAAUAGUGAAGAAUUUUUAUUACUUAGACCUCAACUUGAUAAGUUUCUUUUGCUUGUGAGAAUGGACGAAAUUUUUUUUAAUCUCAAUAGCAUAUCUUGUGUAGCUCAAGAGUUGGUUGAAACUAGAAGUUCUGGUUAUUUUCCAUUAGUUUAUAGGCUGCUCACCUUGACUUUGUUAUUACUUGUGGCAACUGGAAGUGUUGAAAUAGUAUUUUCUGCUUUAAAUCUAAUUAAGAGUGAUUUGCGCAACAAAAUGGGAGAUGACUGGUUGAAUGACAAUUUGGUGGUUUACGGGGAGAAAGCUAUUUUUAAAAAAACUUGA